AUGGCUUCCAGCAUUGAAGAUGCCUCUAGUAGGAAUGAUGAUAACUACAACAUUCCUAUCUUCUACAUCAGCCAGCAUGACUCUACCCGCGACCAGCCUCUAGAUGAGCUGGCUUACGGCAGUCUGCUAAAUCUCGGAUUCACCUUUGUGACUGCGCCCAUUUCCAACCGCAAGUUCUACAACAGAGUUUUGGAGUUGACCCGGACGCACCUUGCGGCCCUCGAGCAGCAAAAGGCCUCGGUCAACACCACCCACACACCAAACUUUCCCGAUCCUGUGGUGCCUCCUCUGACGGCCGAGGAUACCGGCUUGUACCCAAGCCCGACCUCCAAAAGCUUUACAGCGUACUGCAGCCCUUGGAUCGACAUCUGCUCUCCCAGUCCCGUCAUUUCAAGCGUGUCCAGGCAGGUCCUCAACCAAGAGGUGAACUAUGCCAACUUUUGCGGUGUAAGGACAGUCAUCAUCCCUGGCCCCCGGCAGGACGCCACGACGCCAGAGGGUAGCGAUGGGCUGGCUCGGUAUGCUCGCGCGGUAAAGGAGGUGCUCGGCGCCGCUCCCAGGCUCAGCUUUGUCAUCCACGUUCCCAUGUACCGAGAGCCCGGCCUAGAGGAGCCCGUGGACUCUUUGACUACGGUGCUAUCCUCGUCGCUCACCGUUGGCUCUAGGGAGUUGAUGAAGCCUGAAUCGAUUGACCUCUUCAGUGCCUGGGACAGCUGGGACUUUGUUCGCACAAUUUGCGAGUACAAUCUUAGAUUGUUUGUCGGCGUACGCUUCCCCAAGAAACUGGCCGAAAGGGAACUGCAAACGCGCUGGUUUUCUGAGCCGGUGCACCUGAUCUCCAUCCACAAGGAUGUUUUCCAACUUAACCAGAAGAAGUGCCCCUGCCUGAGCAAAGCUCACCAGGACCUGAUUCGCGAGUUCCACACUCUUAAAAACACUCCCUGGAUCAUGCUCUGCGACGUCGGGCCGGACGGCACCGGUUUGGCGGCAGCCACUACCCAGGUUCCUGACAGCGCAGCCUUCCCCAGCCUCUCUGACGCGCAUACUACCCAGGAUUCUCUAUCCGAUCUCGAAUAUAAUACCCUCUCGGGCUUCCAAGACUGGCUCCAAUCACCUCUUCAGCCCCUAUCGGACAAUCUCGAGUCAACCACCUACGAAGUAUUCGAGGGCGACCCUGUCAAGUACAAUCAGUACGAGGCGGCAACAAUUGAAGCGUUGCGCUGGUGGAAGAAGACGAGCCGCAAGACGUCAUCGGGAUCUGGCGCCGUCGUGGUUGCCGUUGUUGGUUCGGGCAGGGGCCCUUUGGUACAUCGGGCACUGAAGGCUAGCCAAGUUACAGGUGUGCCCGUAGAGGUUUGGGCGAUUGAGAAGAACCCCAACGCGUAUGUCUACCUCUUGCAGCGCAACGCCAUCGAAUGGGGAGGCCGGGUACAUGUGGUCAGGACAGACAUGAGAAGCUGGAAGGGACCUCUCCUCGGCACGUCGGACGAGUCAUCUACAAAGUACGGACAGGUGGACAUUCUGAUCUCGGAGCUCUUGGGUUCCUUUGCGGACAACGAGCUAUCUCCCGAGUGCCUCGAUGGAGUUCAGCACGUCCUCGCGCCCGAGGGCAUCUCGAUCCCGAGCUCGUACACCGCCCACCUCAGCCCCAUUGCGACCCCGCGCAUCCAUGCGGAUCUCGUGAGCCGCGCCGCCACGGACAAGACGACCUUUGAUACCCCCUGGGUCGUUCGCCUCUUCCAACUCGACUUUGCCGCUGCCCGCGGGGUUCCCGGGCACCCCCUCUUCCAGGAGAUGUGGGAGUUUAGCCACCCGUUGCCCAAGGCUACUUGGGACCAGAUGACGGCGAGGGGACAGAGCGGUCUUAUCGGAGGCGUUGGCGGUAGCAUGGAGGGCUCGGUCGGUGCCAACGAGCACAACGCCCGCUUCAGCCGGGUGAAAUUUGUGUGCCUCAACCGAGGCGUGAUCCACGGUCUCGCGGGAUACUUUGAGUCGACCUUGUUCGAAUGCCAAGACUCAGCCGGUGAGGUCAAGCGACCCCUUCACUACCCCGACGAUUCAGAACUCGAGAUCAGUAUGUGGCGACAGACGGACGACAAGAGCGUCUGGUACGAGUGGUUGGUGGAAGCGUACUGCUGGGCUGGAGAGAAGAAGCGCCUAAAGUUAGCUACGUCGGACCUCUGCAGUAGCCGUAUAUCACUUGGUGUUGGAACGGGCCAUGGCGCGCUCCACGCCAUCUACGCAUCCGUCGACGAGUCGUGCAAGGCGCGCGGCUGGGACGGCGUAGACGUCGUGCUCAUCGGCGGCGACUUCCAAGCCGUCCGCAACGCCGCGGACCUCAACUCCAUGGCCGUGCCGCUCAACCAGGCGCCGUACCUGACGCUCUUCGUGGGCGGCAACCACGAGGCCUCGUCGCACCUGUGGGAGCUGUACUACGGCGGGUGGGUCGCGCCCAACAUCUACUACCUGGGCGCCGCCAACGUCGUGCGCGUGGGCCCGCUGCGCAUCUCGGGCAUGUCGGGCAUCUGGAAGGGCUUCGACUACCGCAAGCCGCACCACGAGAGGCUGCCGUUUAGCGGGGACGACGUCAAGACGCAGGUCGACGUCGGCAUGAGCCACGACUGGCCGAGGCUGAUUGAGCGGCACGGGGACGAGAAGAGGUUGUUUUCUAUGAAGAGGGCGUUUGAGAAGGAGUCGUACGAUGGCACGCUCGGGAACCCUGCUGCGACACGUAUCCCCGGCGACGGGAGGAGUAGGGGAUGCAGGGGAGAAGGGGAAGAGGAGCAGCCCCAAGAGGUUGCCUCACAACGGGAACAGUCCGCACCGGCCACGGAGCCCGAGCCGGCAGCAGCACCGGGACCCACGCUAGAAGCCCAGGCAAACCCAGACGAGAUUGACCUCGACAUGGACGACGAUCCCCCACCUCUCCCGUCAGCCCCAGCGCCCACAAAAGCCAACGCUGCGCCACCAUCGGCGACAACGACGACGACAACGACGACGACGUCAUCCGUCGCCGAUGAUAUCCGCGCCCAGCUCCCCGCCUCCUUCAGCAAACCCCCACCUCAACCGGAGAGGAAGAAAAAGACCGGCACCCCCGGCCAGCCCGUGCCCCCGGCAUCACGAACCGCGAGUCCCGCUUCCUCGCCCUCGACAAGUGCCUUCCCGGCCGCCACUUCCUCCAGCUCUGCGAGAUCCACCCCACGAUCCCCUCGUGGCCGCCGAGCACCCGCCCGCGUCGCCCGACCCGGACGCCCCGGCCGCCGCCCCCACUACAGAUUCCAGUACGACCCAGAGUGGCUAGCCAUCACCCGCGUCUUCGCCAAGGAGCUCGUCAUCGGCGACCCUCCGCGACACCCACCGGCGAGGACCCGGGCGAGGCCCAUUACGCCCCGCUCAUCGAGGCCGAGCUCGCCCGGGGUUCCCGAGUCGGUGCACGAGCAGCCGGUCGAGUACACGAACCCGCAGACGGCCGAGUUUUGCCAGCUCAUCCAGACGCAGUCGAGGGUGGGCGAGGUGGUCGGGGCGGUGGAGGAGGAGGAGGAGGAAGGGGUGGUGGUAGAGGUGGGAGACGGGGUGGAGGUGGAUGGGGUCGUGGGAGAGGUGGCAGAGGCGGUGGAGGUGGUGGUGGUGGUGGUGGUUGGGGUCACUGAGCGUGGUUACAACCAGAACCUUUUGUCUCUCGCGAGGGACGGUAGCUAG